CCUCACUGCGGGCUUCUCUUCUCUUCUCUUCUUUUUCUCUUUCUCUUCUCUUCUUCUUUCUUCAAACUGUUGUUCAUUCCUCACUUCUCCUUUCAACUCACUUGUCUAAUCCAUAAUCAUCAAUCAUGGCUGCUUCUCUCGUCCGCAACACUGCCCGCUCUGCCCUCCGCAACGGAGCUUCGGCUACCAGAGCUGCCGGCAGCUUGACCUUUGCCCGCGGCAAGGCUACUUUGCCUGACUUGGCUUACGACUACGGUGCUCUGGAGCCCUCCAUCUCCGGCAAGAUCAUGGAGCUCCACCACAAGAACCACCACCAGACCUACGUCAACAGCUACAACACUGCCAUCGAGCAGCUCCAGGAGGCCCAGCACAAGGGCGACAUCGCCGCCCAGAUCGCCCUGAAGCCCUUGAUCAACUUCCACGGUGGUGGUCACAUCAACCACACCCUCUUCUGGGAGAACCUGGCUCCCAAGAGCGCUGGUGGUGGUGAGCCCCCUGCUGGUGCUCUGUCCAAGGCCAUUGACGAGAGCUUCGGCAGCCUGGACGAGUUCAAGACCAAGAUGAACGGUGCUCUCGCCGGUAUCCAGGGUAGCGGCUGGGCCUGGCUCGUCAAGGACAAGCAGACCGGCAACAUCGGCAUUAAGACCUAUGCUAACCAGGACGCCGUCGUCGGUCAGUUCCAGCCCCUGCUGGGUAUUGAUGCUUGGGAGCACGCCUACUACCUCCAAUACCAGAACCGCAAGGCUGAGUACUUCUCGGCCAUCUGGGACGUCAUCAACUGGAAGGCCGUGGAGAAGCGCUUCUCGGCGUAAGUGUAAUGCAAGUAGUGAUUGUAUUCUAGCGCGGCUUGAUGAGCGUUCUCACGAUCUGUUUUGUAUAACGUAAUCUGGAUACUCGGGACUUGUCAGGCUGUUUAAUGUACGGUCCUAAUGCACGAAAU